UUUACACGUAACCGCAUUUUCAUUUCCUGUCCCGUUCUUCUCAUUUUGUCGGAUUUUGGGUUUAAUUUAAAGAUGAAUACGGUUUUAUCGAGAGCAAACUCGUUAUUUGCUUUCUCCCUGAGUGUCAUGGCGGCUCUAACGUUCGGCUGCUUCAUUACGACGGCGUUUAAAGACAGAAGAGUUCCAGUCGACAUACACGUCUCUAAAGUCAUGCUGAAGAAUGUGGAUGACUUCACUGGACCUAGAGAACGCAGCGACUUGGGUUUCAUCACAUUUGACCUCUCAGCUGAUUUGCAGCCAAUUUUUGACUGGAACGUCAAACAACUGUUCCUCUAUCUCUCUGCAGAGUACGCAACAAAAAACAAUGCAUUGAACCAGGUGGUGCUGUGGGAUAAGAUCGUUCUUCGGGGAGAAAACACAAAACUCAAUCUCCGAGACAUGAAAUCCAAAUACUUCUUUUUCGAUGACGGGAAUGGACUCCGGGCGAAUAAAAAUAUCACAUUAAGUCUCUCCUGGAACGUGGUGCCAAACGCUGGAAUUCUGCCCCUAGUGGUCGGACAUGGACAUGUUAGCCUGCCUUUCCCUGAAAAGUAUGAGACCGCCAAGAGCUACUGAACCUUUAUCAAGCAAUUUCAAAUCAGGACUGUAAAAUUAUCCAGAAUAACAACGGGAGAAUGUUUGUACAAUGUUUUUCUGUUAUGAUGUGAAUAAUUUUGUUUCCCAAAAAAUUGUGCAUUUUUAAGGUAUAUUAGUUUUGUUUAAUUUAGAGAUAGACCGCUGUAUUGGGGGGACUGAGUUAAGUUCAUGGAUUGUAUGUUUAGACAGAUACUUUCUUUUAGUCAAAAGUUUUCACAAAAGGACAUAAUGAAGCUGUGUUUGAACUUAAAGAUUAAGAUCAGUCCAAAAAAAAAACGGUUGAUCUCUAGUUUUAUUUCCUUUAAGUUUAUUGUUGGUCAAUACUUGUAUGACAGCUGAUCAAGAUGCAGCUGGUGCUAAAUUUGUGAAAAUAAAGUUGAGAUGUGUUUCUGAAUGGUUACUUAAAACAAA